AUGGCGCCUUCAGGAAAUUUGACUGAACGUGAAGCACUCAGUGCCCGAUCAGUUCCGUCUAUGGUUCUCAGCGAUGGCAGCUCCUCUUCACUGACCCCGCCCCCGAUCUCGAACUUCGAAGUCGACCCGACCACCGGGGCUCGAAGAAGAUUUUCUGUCCGAGGUAAUGCGAUUGUGACAGGAGGUGCUGGUACUCUCGCUCUGCAGGCCUGUGAUGCUCUACUUGAGCACGGUCUCGAGGGAUUGAUGAUAUUCGACCUCAACCCUGCAAACGGCGAGCAGGAAAUUACCCGUUUGAGAUCCAAAUUCCCCGACCGCAAAAUUUGCACCCACGCGGUGGACAUUACGUCCGAAGUCGCUGUGCAAAAUGGCAUUGAAGAGACGCUACGCCAGCUGGGCUCAGCGGACAUUUUGGUCUGCUUUGCGGGAGUUGUGGGCUGCGUGGACGCACUGGAGAUGCCUGCCUCGCAAUGGCGAAAGAUUAUCGACAUCAAUACCACUGGCUCUUUCAUCUGCGCGCAGGCAGCAGCUCGACAGAUGGUCAAACAAGGACAUGGUGGCUCUAUCACCUUCAUUGCAUCCAUUUCUGCCCACCGUGUGAACUUUCCCCAGCCUCAGGUGGCUUACAACGUCAGCAAAGCAGCCUUGUUGAUGUUGAAGAGCUCUCUGGCUGCCGAGUGGGCGCGAUACGGGAUCAGGGUGAACAGUGUGAGUCCAGGAUAUAUGGACACCAUCUUGAAUGAAGGGGAAGGUCUUGACAUCCACAGGCGGAUUUGGGCUGAACGAAAUCCAAGUGGAAGAAUGGGAUCUCCUCCAGAGCUGACUGGGGCGAUCGUUCUUCUUGCAAGCUCUGCAGGCUCGUAUAUGAAUGGGACAGACAUUAUUGUUGAUGGAGGGGCAACUGUAUUUUGA